CGGGGCUGCCCGCCGAGACGCCUGCCCGGAUAAAUAUAUCCCGAAACAGCUCCAACUACAUGAAACAAGUCAGCGGCGGACCUCCAUAUCAAGAAUUGUUAUGACUGACCGAAAGACGCAGUUUUGCGUUUGAAACAAUACAGUGUCUUAUAUUUCUGUGGAUUUAUCUAAGACAUCUUAAAAGGAGCAGCUCGAAGCCUCUUUGCAUCAGUGACUGUGACAGCGCAAAGGACAUUGCAUGAAGACGACCUCUAAAGACAGCAUUGAAGCCUCGAUAUUGACCCAGUGGGACAUCUAGAGAAAGUCACUAUGCCCAGCUAACACCCAGCUGUUGUCCUCCAGAGUUUCCUGCCUGUUACUGAUAUACUUGUUCCACCAUUUAAGACUGUCAGUCUGCUUCUGUACUACAUGACACGUGCCAUGAAUCAACCUGGACAACAGCUGCUACCCACAUAGAGGUCAGUUCACCUCUCUUUCCACUUGCUUUUGUCCAGAGGAUGCUGGGAAUGUGUCGCGGACGCAGGAAGUUCCUGGCGGCCUCCCUCGCCCUGCUCUUCAUCCCAGCACUCACCUGGCUUUACCUGUCAGUUGGGAGCUUUCAAGUGAAGCCCCUCCCUCUGUCUCCACUGGAAGCCCAGUCAUCAAUGCCAGUGGGCAGUGCAGGCGAACGACAAGCCUUAGAGCUGCGGGUCCGGGCGGUGGAGGAGGAGAACCGGGCACUGCGCCGGGAGCUUAGCCGGCCACCUAAAAGCCCAUCAGCACGCCUUCCAAACAGUGGUCACCAUGGCAACCAAAGCCGAACCCAUUCAGAGGAGGGCACAGGCGACAAUGAGGGCCAGAAAGCUGCUGUUGUGGGCAAUAGCUCAGACUGUGUGCAGCAGCCUGUGGUGGAUAAAUGUGAGACCAUCCAUGUGGCCAUUGUAUGUGCCGGUUACAACGCCAGCCGAGACGUGGUGACACUGGUUAAAUCCGUCCUUUUCCACAGACGGAACCCCCUACAUUUCCAUUUCAUCACAGAUGCCAUUGCUCAGCAGAUCCUGUCCUCUCUGUUCCAUACCUGGAUGGUUCCUGCUGUCAGGGUUGACUUCUAUGAUGCAGAUGAGCUGAAGUCUGAGGUGUCAUGGAUCCCUAACAAACAUUACUCUGGGAUUUAUGGUCUGAUGAAACUGGUGCUCACCAAGACACUGCCACCUGACCUGCAGAGAGUCAUUGUCCUGGACACAGACAUCACCUUUGCCACUGACAUUGCUGAACUCUGGGCUGUAUUCCACAAGUUCAAAGGUCAACAGGUUUUGGGUUUGGUGGAGAACCAGAGUGACUGGUACCUGGGGAACCUGUGGAAGAACCAUCGACCCUGGCCGGCUCUGGGCAGAGGUUUCAACACUGGGGUGAUUUUGCUUCUCCUGGAUCGGCUACGGAAGCUCAGAUGGGAGCAGAUGUGGCGGUUGACUGCAGAGAGGGAACUAAUGAGCAUGCUGUCCACUUCCCUGGCAGACCAGGACAUCUUUAAUGCUGUUAUCAAACAGAACCCCUUCCUGGUUCACCAGCUGCCCUGCUUCUGGAACGUCCAGCUGUCUGACCACACCCGUUCUGAGAAGUGUUACAAAGAUGUUUCAGACCUCAAGGUAAUACACUGGAACUCUCCCAAGAAGCUGCGAGUGAAGAACAAGCAUGUGGAGUUUUUUCGGAAUCUCUAUCUAACCUUUCUGGAGUACGAUGGAAACCUGCUGCGGCGAGAGCUGUUUGGUUGUCCCAGCGAGGCUGACCACAACAGUGAGAAUCUCCAGAAGACUUUGUCAGAGCUAGAUGAAGAUGAUCCCUGCUACGAGUUUCGUCGAGAGCGAUACACCGUCCAUCGGACACACCUCUACUUCCUCCACUACGAGUAUGAACCCAGCUCUGACAAUACUGAUGUCACUCUAGUCGCACAGCUCUCUAUGGACAGGCUCCAGAUGUUGGAGGCCAUCUGUAAGCACUGGGAAGGCCCAAUCAGCUUAGCCCUCUACCUGUCCGAUGCUGAAGCCCAGCAGUUUCUGCGCUAUGCUCAGGGCUCCGAGGUGCUGAUGAGCCGCGGGAACGUAGGUUAUCACAUUGUCUACAAAGAGGGACAGUUCUACCCAGUCAACCUCCUACGUAAUGUGGCCAUGCAGCAGGUCAACACACCCUACAUGUUCCUAUCAGACAUUGACUUCCUGCCCAUGUAUGGCCUCUAUGAGUAUCUCAGGAAAUCAGUGGUGCAGCUAGACAUGGCCAACACUAAGAAAGCUCUGGUGGUUCCAGCCUUUGAGACACUGCGAUAUCGCCUGUCCUACCCAAAGUCUAAGGCUGAGCUACUUUCUCAGCUGGACAUGGGUACACUUUUUACCUUCAGGUAUCAUGUGUGGACUAAAGGCCAUGCGCCGACUAACUUUGCCAAAUGGCGGACUGCCACCACGCCCUACAGGGUGCAGUGGGAAGCCGACUUUGAGCCCUAUGUCAUGGUAAGGAGGGACAGUCCUGAGUACGAUCGCCGCUUUGUGGGCUUCGGCUGGAACAAGGUGGCUCACAUCAUGGAGCUGGAUGCACAGGAGUAUGAGUUUGUGGUUCUGCCCAAUGCCUACAUGAUCCACAUGCCUCACGCGCCCAGCUUCGACAUCACAAAGUUCCGUUCGAAUAAACAGUACAGGGUCUGCCUCAAGACCCUGAAGGAGGAGUUUCAGCAGAACAUGUCACGACGCUAUGGCUUUGCCGCCCUUAAGUACAUGACGGCAGAAAACAACAGCUAGCCACCACUGCAGACCCUCAUAACCCCAGCCCUGAACUACUGACACACUGAAGUGGUUGGGGAGGGGGUGCACAAUAAAAGGACCGUCCACAUGAGGCCUAUCAGGAUACCUCGAGACUUCCCUCAGACUCAGAAUAUUUGACCUUCAGUGUUUGACUGCAAGAGUCCUUAUGUCCAUACUUUGUGCUCUGCUGUGGAUAGAAGAGAUGAUCCAUGAGAUGUUCAGUUCUUUCAGAAUGUGAAAGAUGACACUGGAGGCGGCUGGACCUGGGCCCCAGCUGUGGAAUCUGGCAGACAACAGGCAAAGCAAAGCAGACAUUCGAUGCCUUGGCAGAGCUGACAGUGUUGUGGGCUAUAUGUAACAUUAUGUAUGCAUGUACAUGCGUGUGUGUACAUGCGGAUAGAUGAGAAGUGUGAAAGUGUGUGUUUGUUCUUCCAGGACAGCGCUUAGCAAAAGGCUUAAGGAGAGCUAAAGAUGUAAAGCAAUGCAGGCUUACAUUGCGUUUCCACACUGCAAAGAAGAAUGCCUUCCAGUGCCAUGAAGUCACACAAAGCAGUGGCAGUUUGAUUGACAGCACACCCUGAUGCAAAUCGUUAGCAGGCGGCAAGAUAAGACAAAGUGGUAAACAUGUCCAAACAGAUUUCCAAAAUCUCAUUGUGGCGAGUGACAUGCGCUCAGAUAUUGAGACGAGCAGCCAUUCAUCAGCUGCUGCUUACUUUGUAACAUUGCUGAUACAGAUCAGAGUAAAUCCUCCUUCUCAUAUGACAAGGGAAGUUAAAUGCAAAGACUGGAGAUCGUCCACACGGAUGAUAUUCAGGGUAUCUCCACUUUAGCCUGUGCAAGCUGCUAGUGAAUGUUUGCAGUGUUUUGUUAUGAUAACAGAAUCUGACAGCAGCUGGUGCAGUGGGUUUUUUUUCUGUAUUUUACAUUGGUGCUAAUGCACCCUGCACGCACACCUGUUGGAAGUCCUGUCGGUAUGUGAGGCUGCCACUCCACCACACUGAGCAGCCCGAUGCGAAGCAUCAGUCACUGAGCUCACUGUUUACUGUUCUUUCCAACAACCAGGAUUAUUUAUCAGUGUGUUUACAGUUUGAACGGGUAGAGUAGGAAGGGACAGUGAAACCAGGAGGAUAUGAGGAGGUGAAAUUAUGUGAAAAUGAGCCACUUACAGAAAAGAGAGAGUCACAAUCACUUUUUCUGUCUAUCACUUACUCUUUCUUUCUCACUCUGGCCUUUAGUUUAAAGACAUUAUAGUGGCAGCCAGUAACACUGUAAUGAUAUAUGUGAGCAACACUACAGUUUGUAGUCUGGUUGUGGGAAUAUGUGCUAACACCUGAGAAGCAACAAGCUAAGAAUGUGCAUUUUCAGUGCAUUAGUGUUUCCAUGGCUGACUAGAACAUCCACCUGGCCUUAAAUGGGAAAAAAGGAGACUGAAAAGUUUCUUCCCAGGUAUCUGGCGAGACUCUAGACAAGAUGCGGAAACUGACAGCCAUGAUCAUGCUGAAAUUGUUUUCAUCCUUCUGCUUCAGGAUGCUGGGUGGAAAGUUGCCUAAUUUCACCUGCCGUUAUCACAGGUUGGUAGAACCUGUGGAGUUAGUUUCCACACAUCCAUUACUGAUGUACUGUAGGUAGACUGGAGAUGAGGAUGCAUUUACACAUGUUAAAAAACUUGCUAGAGUGUGUCUCAAAAACCUCCUCCAGAAAGGAUCCAGUGCAGUCACACACUGAGAAAUAGAAUCCAGACAAAAGAAAUCACACAAUUUCACAUAAAUCACAUGAUUCAUUUGAAAACAAUCACAUAAGUUGACCUUGACUUGAUAUUGUUAAAUAUGCUACUUGACAGUGUAGGAGACUUUUCCUUAUUGUUAAGAUGCCAUAACAAGUGUUUCCACUCAGGCUUCUGUCCAGAACCUCAUAUACAGUACAGGCUGAUUAUCCCAAUAAAGUUUGGAUAUACUGCAAUAAGGUACAUGAUAUGAGUAGCUUAUGUAGUUUAUCAGACGGAUAAUCUACACAGCUUUAAAGAAAACUUCUCAGUCUGCUUUGCACAUAUUGCCACUGGUCUUUCUUGCACUACAUACUGUGGUGAAACUAGAGGCCUCUCUCUCUCUCUCUCUCUCUCUCUCUCUCUCUCUUCCCCUCCCUCUCCAGAGGGAAGCUGUAGGAGGGCUCCGUGCAGUCAUGCAGGUGUCUGCGUAAGUAAAUAAGCUGUCUCUGAUUGUACAUGUCUGUCCAAUAUGCAGGUGUAGGUGAGUGUGCGUGAGAAAACUGACUGUUCUGAGAGUGUGUGUGUGUGUGUGUGUGUGUGUGUGUGUGUGUGUGGCUUUGCAGGGCGGUGAGGAGCUGCAGUGUGUAAGUAGGACAGUGCUGACUGACACCUGCUGCUGUUGAUUGCUACCUGAAUAAAAGCAAAGAG